AGCACUUGUUUACGUGUCUUUCUAAACCAAUCCCCUCAGGUGUUUUCCAACGAGUCGUGGGUUCGCUGGCCUCUCAUGGUCUUUGACACCGUGGGUCGACUAGGCAAUUGUCUCAACAGCUACGCUACGGCUUUGAUUUUCAGCGCUGACUGGGGCAGGUUUCCGCUCACCGUUGCUGUCACUCAGCAUGUCUUCAAGGGCGUGUCGACGCUGCUGGCUCGUCAGCACCUGCCUCUGCCUGUCGUUAGUCACGAACUAUUAAUGGACGUGUACGACGUGGGUGAAGUGGAACGAGUCGAUCCAGAUUACUUUAAGAACGACAUGAUGAGUCAUCUGGAACCUACGUUCCGGAAGGCAAUCUCAGAGCAUCUCGUAGAUGGGCAAGAAAAGCUCUACCUGCUGCCAGGAUAUCCUAACCCGCUAAGGAAGCUUGCUAACCACCACAGCGUCAUCCGUAGCGUCUUCAAGAUCCGGCCCGUCCUUCAGGCAAGGGCACUGUCGUUCCUGAACCGUGUGCGGGCGGCCAACAGGGGCAACAUCACCUUCGUAGGCGUUCACAUACGUAGAAAGGACUAUGUAAGCUUUGCGAAGACGUUUUACCGGUGCAAGUUACCGGGACCCGGAUAUUAUCUAAGAGCCAUACAACACUACCGGGCAACACUGACCAACCCAGUGUUCGUGGUGUGUUCGGACGAUCUCCCGAGCGUUCGAAUACAUCUUCAGAACGCCACUGAUGUUGUCAUCUCAGACCAGAAACACCCUGAAGAGGACCUGGCAUUAUUGGCCUCAUGCACCCACUCAGUCAUGACUGUUGGCUCUUUCGGGUUUUGGGCUUCCUACCUGGCUGGAGGAAGAGUGGUCUACCCACUCAUCAAGAACUGUUCCCACUCGCCCUUCGUUAGUCCUGGGACACUUGGUCCCAGGGGAUACCCAAACUGGUUGGCUCUUCCUGUCUAAAGGCUUUACCCAAUUUACAUUCUUCUUAGUUUCUUUCUUUCCUCUUCUUCUUUUCCUUUUCUUCUUCCUCUUAUUAUUAUUAUUAGUAGUAUUAUUUUAGUAUUAUUAUUACUGUUAUUAUUGAUUUUUCUUUCUUUCAACACACCGGCCGUAUCUCACCGAGGCAGGGUGGCCCAAAAGAGAAAACAAAAGUGUCUCCUUUUAAAUUUAGUAAUAUAUACAGGAGAAGGGGUUACUAGCCCCUUGCUCCCAGCAUUUUAGUCGCCUCUUACAACACGCAUGGCUUACGGAGGAAGAAUUCUGUUCCACUUCCCCAUGGAGAUAAGAGGAAAUAAACAAGAACAAGAACUAGAAA